AUGGCACUGACCCCGGCGUCAACGCAACAGCACCAGCAGCGACCCAGGAUCCAUUUCAUUGCGGACAGCUGGAUCAAUGAUCCAUGCGCUCCUGGCUAUGAUCCACACACCAAAACAUAUCAUCUCUUUUACCAAUGUAACCCUUUCGGUUGUGAAUGGGGCAACAUGUCAUGGGGUCACAUCGUGUCCCGAGACAUGCUGCGCUGGACGCAAGCCGAAGUGUCCCUAGCCCUCGUCCCGGAUCAGAUAUACGACGCGCAGGGGGUGUUUACCGGCUGCUGGAUCCCUCCCAUCGACGAGUCCGACACCACCUUGCGCGUCGCGUACUCAUCGGUCAAACAGCUGCCCUUUCACUGGAGCACGCCGCCAUAUCCCCCGGACGCGGCUGGCUUGGCCAUCGCACUCUCUCGUGACGGCGGCAAGACCUGGACGAAGUCCGCUCGAAACCCCAUUUUGGCCAGCGAGCCGGCCGGCGUCAAAGUGACCGGUUUCCGCGACCCGUACGUGACGGAGCUGCCUCUAAUCCCCUACGCCCAAGGCAAAUCCUGCGAGAAAGUCCCCGUGCUCUACGGGCUCGUCUCGGGCGGUAUCCAAGACUGCGGCCCCAACGUCUUUCUGUACGAGAUUCGCCGCGACAAUCCCGAAGAGCGGUGGAGAUACCUUGGUCCCUUGGUUGACCUGCCAGCGAGAUUCCAGCCGUCGAGAAAAUGGAAUGGUAACUACGGUGUCAACUGGGAGUGUGCCAACCUCGUGGCGCUGCGAGCAGAUUCGGAGGUUCGACACUUCCUGAUUCUGGGCGCCGAAGGUGACGUCGAGAAGGAUCAUGUGAAGUCUUAUCAGCCCCCGAGCACAGCCCCUUCGCGGACGGUAAGGACUCAAUUGUGGAUGUUGGGCCGACUUAUCACGACUCCAAGCGGCGACGGCGUCCGGUUUCAAUACGAGCAUGGGGGAUACCUCGACCAUGGGCCGUACUACGCUGCAAAUUCGUUUACGGACCCUCAGUCUGAUCGAAGACCUAGCCUUGAGAGCCGUGGUUGA